UCAGUUUCUGGCCUGCCUCUGAGGUCCUAACAGGUCCUAACCAGGUCCUAACAGGUCCUAACCAGGUCCGAACACAGUCCUAACGAGAUCAAAGAGUUUCAAUCGAGGUCCGAACACAGCUCCGAACACAGCUCCGAACAAGCCACGUGAUGUAGGGGGCGUGGUUAUCUCGUUAGCGUGUCGGACAUAUUUUUCACCGCAUACACCUGAACGAUCGCGAAUAAAGAUGACUAAGACAGGAAAACCAGACAGUUACUGGCGGGACAUCUGCAGGAGGGAUAAGAGGAAGGACAGGGACAUGCUGCUGCAAGGCACUAUACUUCCCAAACAGCUGCACCUGGCUAAGGAGUCUCUCCCUGCGAUAAACACACUUCCGGCUGCCCCUGUGCAGCAUGCUCAUGAAGUGAUGACAUUUGAGGAGCCUGAAAACCACGAGGGGGAAGCUUUCCCCCGCCAGUGCACCCUGGCGGCAAACAGGCCUGUGUCCUAUCUACCAUUGCCACCUCCCCGAUUCCCUCCACAAUUUGUGCCAGCUCCUCCAUUCAUGCAAGCGCCUCCGUUCAUGCAAGCUCCUUCUUUCCAGCAAGCUCCUUCUUUCCAGCAAGCUCCUUCUUUCCAGCAAGCUCCUUCUUUCCAGCAAGCUCCUUCUUUCCAGCAAGCUCCUUCUUCCCAGCAAGCUCCUUCUUUCCAGCAAGCUCCUCACCAGCAAGCGCCUCACCAGCAAGCGUGCCUUCCACCUCAGCCAAGGCAACGUGCCUGGAGACUGCAGAAAGCUUCCCAGGAAGAUGAGGAGCUAGUGGCUAUGGGCGCGCAACCACGAAAAAGGCUGGCAAAGGAACAUUACCACUACACCUGCAAGGGGUGUGGCCAUGAAAAAAAUAAAAAGACUGGACACACCCAGCUGAAGGGGCGGUGGUACUGUCCAGCCUCAGGACUGACACUGGAUCAGUGGAAGAACAGUUUAAAGUAGUUGCUGUCAUUGUUAUAUUGUUACCAGCUGCGGCACGAAAUGUCAGUGAAUGCUGGUAUUGUUUAUAAUUUGUGUCUGUUAUUUUUGAAAAUUAUUCUAAUGUUCAGUCUCUCUUCAUGUCUGUCUGUUCGCAGAUGGGUUCUAGUUUUACACUUACUGUGUGGUUCAAUAUUGUUCAAAUAAAUUAAAUUUUAUUUGAGCCAAGAACAGCCUUCACAUUUUUAUUUAAUUUCCACUUGAAAAACAGGAUGACAGUGAGUGUCAAGCCAGAGUUACUUGCAGAAUCAUUUUAAAUUUGUUAACAAAACCUGACACUCUUUGUCUCAACCAAAGAUUUUUGAAAAGUACUUUCUGUGCUCAAUUUGGAGUUUGUUUUAUUCACUUGUGCUGCACAGAUUUGACCAAAAAAAGGAGCGGUAAAACAUGUCGAAGUACUAAGUACUUCCUUAGUAGAUACUAGAAAAAAUAAUAUAUAUAAUAAAAAAUAAAUUACUAAGUAAUUUAAUAAGUUUAUGUUUACAAUUAUACAGUGUUAAUACAUUGUUUUGGUGCAUGCUGCCACCUACAGUAGACUUUAGGAAUGUCCAAAGCGCUUUGGUACAUUGGGAUGUUGCCACAGCACAGGUUCAAAUCCCGCAAGAGACAUGAAAAUUAAAGUCAUGAUUAACCUUGCAAUAAGUGCAGAAGUUUGUGUAAACAAUGUUGAGAAGACAAGAGAGUAGAGAAGAAAUGGAUAUCGUGUACGUUUUGCUCCUUUUUUCUCCUUUUCUUUUUCCCUCUUUCCCCCCUUCCUUCCUCUCUCUUUUUUUCUUUC